AUGCCUAGAUGUGAAAAACAAAUUAAUUUUCGAGAAAUCCCCAAAAUGAAGUACGUUAUUGUUUCUGGAGGUGUUAUCUCUGGGGUUGGGAAAGGUAUAGUGGGUAGUAGCAUUGGAGCACUUCUUAAAUCAAGAGGACAUAUCGUGACUCAUAUAAAGAUAGAUCCCUACUUAAACUACAAUGCAAGGAUGCUUGCACCUUGCGAGCAUGGAGAAGUAUAUGUCCUCGAGGAUGGACACGAAUGUGAUAUGGAUUUUGGAAACUAUGAGAGAUUCAACAUGCUGAAGCUUUCGAUUAUUAACAGUAUAUCUGGAGGAAGGUUAUUCCAUGAUAUAAUAAAGCGGGAACAAGAAGGGCAUCUUCUUGGUAAGACUCUGCAAGUCAACCCCCAUGUGAUAGAUGACGUCAUUAGGAGAAUAAAGGUUGUUGGCGAAACCCCUGUAGAGUCCUUUGAGGACGGCCACACGUCAAUCCCAGACGUCGUGGUCAUCGAGCUUGGAGGGACGGUGGGGGAGUACGAGUCUUCAAUAUACACAGAUGCACUCGCAAAGUUACAGCAUGAUGUUGGAAAAAACAACUGUGCAUUUGUAUCUGUGGACUACCUCACAGAACUGGAGAGUGGAGAGCAGAAAACAAAGAGCAUUCAGAUGGGGUGCAGAAACUUCAGGGCAUUUGGACUUACUCAUGACAUCAUUAUAUGCAGGGGAACCAGAGCGCCGACUGAGGACACACGAAGGAAGAUAUCGAAGAACUGCUGGGUGCCCCUUCCAAAUGUGAUAGGGCUCCCCAACCUUGAGUCUGUGUACUCUGUGCCAAGGUUUCUUGAGGAGCAGGGGCUUGUAGACUCAUUGUAUAAGACUCUUGGGCUGUGUGAUAGGAAGCUAGACCGGAGAAUGCUGGAGACUUUUGAGCGACUUACUGUUCGACACAAGGACAGUGUGAGGAUUGGGAUAGUGGGGAAGUAUGGGCCAGAGUUUGACAGCUACACGUCCCUUGUGCACGGGCUGAAGUUCUCUGGAGCAUCUAUCGGGGUGAAUGUGGAGAUAGAGUGGGUGAAUGCGGAGGAGUACUGUGAAUCUGAUCUGUCGAAGUGUGAUGGGAUCAUCAUACCGGGCGGGUUUGGAGCACGGGGGGUUUCUGGGAAGAUUGAAGCGAUCCGAUAUGCAAGAGAGAAUGGGAUUCCUCUUCUUGGGAUCUGCCUUGGGUACCAGCUGUGUGUGAUUGAGAUGUGCAGGAAUGUUCUUGGGAUGAAGGAUGCAUUUUCUGAGGAAUUCCAGCCGGAUGGAAAGGAUCUUGUUGUCAGGUUUAUUAGCGACGAGAACGGGGUAGUUGAUAAGAGGCUCCGUGUUGGGGGAAGCCAAGUUAAGCUUAUGGAUGGAUUGGUGAAGAGGUUGUAUGGGGGCAAGGAGACCAUCCGGGAAAGGCAUAGGCACAGGUUUGAAGUAGUAUGGGAGAAAGUGCAGGAUCUAAGGGCUCAUGGACUGAAGUUUGUCGGGUUUAGCAACGACGGGAAGGCCACGAAGAUCUUUGAGCUUUCGACACACAGGUACUUUGUUGGGGUGCAGUUCCACCCCGAGUUUAUUGCAAGGCCCAAUCAACCUCACCCAUUGAUAACAGGUUUGAUAUCUGCAUCUUGCCAAGGAUCGAAAUAA